GAAAGUGGGAUAUAUAUAAAUUCCUAUAAAAUUACAGAAAAGUCAAUAAAAGUGUAAUGAUGUCAUUCGGCCGUAUCAAGUCAUUAAAUGAAUGAACUGUAGAGAAUACAACACGUGUUUUAUUGAUUAGGUUUUAUUUUUCCUUUUAGAAAAAGGAUAUUUUUACCUGCAGAAUCUGAUCCAAUCUUCACGAGACAAACUAUAGCGUUGGUAGAGCCACAACAAAGGACUUUCCAUUUUUCACUUCGCAUGAAUGUGUAGUUAUAAUUAUAAAGUUGGAGAAUUGAAGUAUUUACUAAACGUCAACACCGUUAUAAGCAUGGUGAAGUAUUUAUUUUAAGUUAAGUAAACUUCUUGUGACACCUUGCAGUGAUAAAAUUAUUUAUAAUGGAAAAGACGGGUAUUCUCCAGUGUGCCCAGGAAUAUAACUAUCUGGUAGAGAAAGUCAACGUUAACCUCAAAUCUCUAAAGACAGAACUCCUGGCUAUGAAGAAACAAGAUGUUAACUUAUUGAAACAGCUGAUUCAUAUCAGCGACGUUAUACAAACAAUAUGUCAGAAACAGCACACGCCUAGUCCUGAUAGCGCUGUUGACGAGUCACCCACAGAAACCUUCCACAAAACAAAGAGGGCACCACUAGUCAGACAACAAAGUGUUCCUUAUUAUAUAACUGUAUUAAGAGCUCAAUCUAGUAGUUUUAAUUCCAGUUUUGAAGGAAUCAACGAAAUACCCGAAGAUGAAACAGAUUCCUGUUCGAAUGAUGAUAGUGACAGUUUACUGUCGGUCAGUAUGAAUGGAAGUUACUCCACAGUACCACUAUACAUACAGAGAGCGAAUAGACCUAGGUCCCUGUCGUACGAGGAACCAGUCGGAGGAACCAGUCAUGGUAGUAUUGUAGGACUAGACGACAGUUUCUUUGAAAGUGUUCUACAAAAGAAUAUUGCUCUGUGGAAAUCUGAGACCCAAUCAGAUAAAACUAAACUAUACAGUGGCAACAAUGUGAUUGGAACUUAGAAAAUAAUGUGAAUUCCUCUAUUUGAUUUUACAACGCAAACGUCCAUAUGCCGUGUCAAUACCAAAUAUCACUUUCACGAACCUCUGAAAUGAUCUCUUUCCUUUCAAAUAUGGUUAACGAAGGUUUUAAAAUGUUAUCAAGCAUUCACGUUAUCAGACAUUUAAAAAUAUUAAAAUAAUUUUUGAUAUUUUAUACUUCGACUCAUGACCAACGAAAACGGUUAAAAUUGAAAAUUCUGAAUGCUUAUGUAUACCUAUAUCAUGUAUAUGUAUUUAUCAACCUUGGAUUGGACCAACGAAUACACGGAGAAAUGAAUUUGAUUCAUAACAUAAUGCAUACUGACAUAUGUCAUAUGAUUGAAACACAUUUACACAAACCAUUUAAAAAAGGAUGCUUUAAUCAUAUACACUGUAUAAAUUAUUUAAAGCCCAAAAAGGCGCAAGCCAGGGCCGACCGUGCAAGGGCUGUAUAGCCAGUGAAGGUCGUUAAAAACUUCCAUUUGUUGUAUACACUGCUACUUUUGCAUAGGUGGUGGUACUAUUUCUGUACUUAAAAUCUGAAGAACUGGAAAUUUAGUUUUGAUAUUUUAAAAGUUCUUUUACUUUACUUUAAAAUUAUUGUUAUAUUUAAGUACCUUUUAUUUUUUUACAGUACUUGACUUAAUAAUUUUAAAGUAGCAAAAUAGCACUAAAUUAAAAUAUCAAAAGUAAAUUUCCUGUACUACAGAUUUUUUUUGUACAGAAAUGUUACCUAUGCAAAAGUAGCUGUGUACACAUAGCAUUUACAAAUGAUAUUUUAAUUGUAUACAUGUACAUGUACACACAUCAUUUAAAAAUAGUGUUUUGAUUGUUUAUUGCUUUAUAAGCUCAAAAAUGAUUACAGAGAGUUUAGUAAGAAAUAAAGUCCUACAUUUCUAGUUAUUAAACUCCAAUGAAUCAAGUUAAAUUUUACAAAUCAGUUAUAAUUAUAUAUAUUUUGUUAUUUUGUUGUCAAAUGUGUGCAAUACAUAUAUUUUUAUUAUUAAAAUGUGAAAAUAA